AUGGUGAGUUCAUGUUUUCUAUGAAUAUUUCUCAAUCUAUUAUCUUCAUAUUAUUUCAGUCUCGUCAAUCGACUCUUCUCAGUCCUCCAACAUAUUCUUCAACAUCCAAUGAUCCAACGACAAGUAUCGAACAACACAGACAAAAAGUUGAUGAGGAAUUUCAAAAAAUAUUUCGUCGUGCUCAAGAAGCUAUCAAUCAAGGAAUUCAACCAACUUUGAUUCCUGAAGGCAGUUCAGGAUCAUACUUUGUUUAUGGAUUAGAAGGGGAAAUUCUGGGUGUUUUCAAACCAAAAGAUGAGGAACCUUUUGCUUCUCUCAAUCCAAAAUGGCCAAAGUUUUUCCAAAGGUAUGCAUAUAAAUAUCUAAAAAUUGUGAAUCUAUAUCUAUUUUCCAGAAUGUUGUGUUUCUGCUGUUUUGGUCGUGCUUGUCUUAUUCCAAACACUGGAUAUCUUUCUGAAGCAGCUGCAAGUAUUGUGAAUGAAAUGUUGCAAUUAGAUGUUGUUCCAACUACACGAAUUGUCAAACUUGCAUCACCUUCAUUCUUUUAUUCAAGAUUUUUUGGUCAUUAUGAUGUUCGACCAAAAGAAGGAAGUUUUCAAUUGUUUGUUAAUGGAUAUGAAAGCGGAAAUACAGUUUUUGCUCGUUGGAAUUAUGACAAAACACUUUUGACUGACGAAGAAGAUCACAAAUUUCGAAUUUUGUUCCAGAAAAUGUGCAUUGUUGAUUAUGUUAUCAGAAAUACUGACAGACACAUGGAUAAUUUGUUGGUUCGACAUGUUCCUGGAAAAGAGAUCAAUUUGGCUGCAAUCGAUAAUGGACUUGCUUUCCCAGUCAGACAUCCAGAAUGUAUUUCAAGAUUCAGAACUUUUCCAUUUCGUUGGUCAAAUUUCUCUUGGGCACAAUGUGAAUUUGAUCCGAUUUUGAAGCAACAUGUUCUCUCAAUGCUUACUCCAAAUUUUGUUCAUCGGCUUUGUGUUGAUUUGAAGAAACUUUUCCGCCAUGGAAUUGGAAAUUCGAAUUAUAUGAUGGUUAAUAGUCAAUUGAGAGUUGUUAGAGGACAAAUUUGGAAUCUUCGAAUGGCUUUGUUAUCAAAUGAAACACCAGCUGAAAUGGCUCAACGUCCACCGGUUGUUGUCAAUCGAAAGUAUGUUGAUUUUGUCUUGAUUGUUUUCUAUAAACAAAUUACAGUUCAGAUAUCGCGGGAGUGAGCCAAAAACUAGCAACUGGGACGAUUGGUACACCCCAAAAUAUCCAAAUUGUACACAACAGCAAAUGUGCUAGCAAUUGUGCCGAACACAUUGAACACGAAGAAAUUGAGCACUUUUUGAAGUAA